UGUAGAAGCCUCUGAAUGAACUUGCUAGUGUCUAAAAAGUUAGAUGGUCAAGAAAAUUAUAUUUUCAGCUUACUUACAGGAUACAUCAAUCACAGGCUGAGAAGAAAAUGGACAUCAAGCAGUUUGACCUUGGAGAGAUUGACUUUGGUGAUUUAUUUGAAAAUUAUACAAAUAAUUAUGAUGGUUACAAUAUUGAUUCAGACACGUUACCCUGUACUUCUGUCAUGAAUGAGUCAAUCAACGCAGCUCUGGCUGUUAUCUAUAGCCUGGUGUGCUUCCUCGCUGUGAUAGGCAACGUGAUCGUAAUGAUUGUCCUACUUUAUAAUCGAAGGGCCAUAACAUCCACAGACAUCUACCUGCUUCAUCUGGCAGUGGCUGACCUGCUCUUUGCCGUGACCUUGCCUUUUUGGGCAGUGGAUGCCGUAUCCGGCUGGGUGUUUGGUGAUGCCAUGUGUAAAAUCAUCAGCAUGUUACAGGAAGUUAACUUCUACAGUGGGAUUUUAUUGCUGGCUUGUAUCAGUAUUGAUCGCUAUCUGUCCAUUGUCUACGCUACACAAUCCCACAAGCAUAAGGGACCAUUUAUAAUUAAGCUGGUUUGUGCUGCUGUUUGGUUGCUGGCUAUUGUCCUGUCUUUACCAGUUUUAUACAAGGGUGAAUAUACUCCACCUGGUCCCAACAGACAGAUAUGUUACGAGAUACUUGAUGGGGAAUCAGCAAAAACGUGGAGAGUGACCACCAGAUUUUUGCGGCAUUUUAUUGGGUUUCUUAUCCCUCUGGCUGCCAUGGUAUUCUGCUACAGUGUGACAAUCCAGAAACUGUGUCAAACGAAGGGAUUUCGGAAACAUAAAGCCAUGAAAGUCAUCAUCGUGGUGGUGUUGGCUUUUCUCAUUUGUUGGUUCCCACACAACAUUACGGUGUUCAUCGACACACUGAUGAGGAGCAAACUCAUUGCUGAGACUUGUGACAUACGCAGUCGCAUUGACAGAGCUCUCAUUGGAACUCAAAGUUUGGGAUUCCUGCACAGCUGCAUUAACCCAAUCAUAUAUGGGUUUAUUGGGGUGAAAUUCAGGAAUCAUCUGGUCAAACUCUUGGUUACAAAAGGAAUCAUGAAGCAAAGCAAUGAUUCACGAUAUAUGAGAUCUGUAUCCUCUUCCUCAACUGUCAUGUAG